AGCUGCCCCUUUUGCCUCAAACCUCGUCACAGCGCUAUCACGGAAUCCAGCCCUUUUUACAUCUUUUUACUGGAUCAGAAUGACUGUGACUGGGGCAGCUCUGUCACCAGCCACCAUGGCCUCCAUGGCCGCCCUGGAGUUGGACGUCAUGCCUUGGAAGGUGCAGGUCUCCAAUGCCUCAACUGCAGCUUCCGAUGGUUCUGACGGCUUUCAGGAAAGUCUUCGUGAGGCUUUGAGCCCAGGCAGCUCAGAUUCAGACAGCCUGCGUCAUAUCAUUCCUGCAAGCGCCCAAAACCAGAAAAUGCCUAGCGCCAUGGAACCCAUGAGAGCUGGAAUGCUAAGUACUCCUUCAAUUCCCCCUCCACCAGGUCUGGAGAUUGAGAGAGGUGCAGAUGUGAACAUUCCUUCAAAGGCAGAGCCCAUGUCUUCGCCAGAAGGAUUAUUUGACCUCGUCCAGGAGUUGCAUCAUCAGGUCAGCGCAUUACAAAGCGAGCUGUACACCCAACAGGCCCAACAGGCACAACUGAUGCAACCUAUGCCAACAUUGCAAGCCAUGCAGCCUAGUGUCGUUCCAGAAGGUGUUUGGACUUCGAUGCCGGUGACUCACAGUACACCUUUUGCUGAUGGAGUGUCGCCACUGCCGUGUUGGCAUGGCUACAAUCACGUCAGCACUGGCCAGGAUCCUAAGCUCACCAGUGCACGCUCCCACACGUUGAAGAAUGGUCCCAAUGCACUGCGCGUGCGGCAGUUUUGUACCGCCUGCGGAGUGCGCGUCCAACAGUCAUCAGCUCUUUUCUGCACGAGCUGUGGUCAUCGCCUCGACUGAGGAAGACAUGUGCCGCAUCGGCUGAACGGCGCAGAGAAAUUUCGCUGUGAGGAGCACCUUGUGGUCUGACAUGAACUUCAGAAGCUCGUUGCAGUGAGGGAAGCAUUUUUGAAGCCAGAACUGCUGCCCGAGGUAGCUGCAGAUGAAAUUUUCAUUUCGCAAGGACACCAGAGGACACCCUGUGGUGGCCUCUCACAAUCCGAAACCGUACAGCCUUUAUAAAGUCCGAUGAUCCAAUGACCCGAACAGCUCUCAACCUCAAUCUGUGACUUU